AUGCAAUAGAAUCCUUUAUAGUUAUUUUUAAGUAUUCUGGCUGCUAGAGAAGAAGUGAUAUUUAUGAUAAGAAUAAUUGGACACUAGAUGCAAGAAGAUUGUAGAAAUAAAUUAGGAUCUUUGAGAGAAUUAUCAGAAGAGAUUUAUAGAGGAGAAUAGAAAAGAGAAAAUCUUGAAAAUUAUAUAUAUUAACAUUUAGGGGAAAGUUAUCGCAAGCUAUUUCUCCCUAAAAUUAUAUAAAAAUACGUAAAGAUAACUCAAUACUAUUUAGUGAAGACAUAAGUACAUUUUAUUUUUAUAUGUUAGAUAUAUUUUCCUAAAUAAGGAUAAUAAUUAUGUUAGGAUAUUGUUAAUUAACCAAAUCUUAGAACAACAAUUCAAUAAAUGAUUCAUGAACCUUUAAUGGGAAUUUUGAAAUUUAUAAUCAAUUUCCAGCGAUAAAAAUUAAAACACGAGCUUUCGCAUUUGUUAAAUUAUGAAUAGUAUUAACCAAUAUAAAAUCAAGAGAAGACCGAUGCAAUAGAAAUGAAAAAUUUUACAUAGAGCCAUUAAUUUUAGGAGUUUAUGGAUUAAGAUAUUUAAAUGAUUUACAUAAGAAAUAUUGUUAUACAGUCAGUAGACAUAGUAAUAGAAAUGUAUAUGAUAUAUUAUAUAUUGAUGAUAACACAAAGGUUUUGUAUUUGCAAGGAGGAGGUAAACAUCUAUUUAUAUAAAUAAAUAGGAUUCAUAAGUUUAAUAAGUAGUAUAACAAAAUUAAAGGAUAAAUCAGUUGAUAAUACAUAAUCAGUAUACAUUCCUGUUGAAAGUACUGUCGAAAUUAUAACUCAAAGAUUUGAAAAAAUGAUAAAAGAACUUAUGGAUUAAAAUUCCCAUAUAUAAAAGUCAGUAAAUAGAUAUUAUGAAUAACAUAAAAAAUAUAAGAUUAAACCUUUGCCAAUAAAGGGUUACUCUACACCAAAAUCAAAGGUGUAAUAGAUGAAAUCUUAGCGUAAUAAUUAAUAAAGAAAUAUUGAGUCUGGUCCUAUUUUAAGUGAUAUGGGUAGAUAUUCUGAACCAAUAAGUAAAUAUUCCCAAUUAUUAGAUUCUAUAAGUUCACAUAGAUUAAAAUAAUAAAAAUUUAGAACAUAAAAAUAAAGUGAUAUUAUAUUGAGUGGUUUUGUUUCUCCAAAAUAAACUAUUGUGAGAAAAAAUAAAAGUGUUAAAAACUAUGAGAAUACUUUAUUAAAAUCAUCUGGAUUGUAACCAUUUUCUGAAUUUCCUCUCAGAAUCAAUACAAGUAAAAAAAGAAAAUAAAAUUGA